AGCGCCCCGGAACCAGGAUCAUCUCCCUGGCCCUAUGGGGUUGUUCCUACUUCCCUAGCAGCGCCUUCUGUCUAGGAACGUAGGAACUACCAGAGUGGAUCAGACCCACAGGGCCAUCUAGCCCGGUAUCCCGUCUCCCGCAGUGCCCAGCUGCAAGAAGCCCUGCACUCGUCUGUGAGGAGAGAAACUGCCCCUAGGGAUGGUUGCCUCUUGACCCUGAUGGAGGUUUAUGGGCCCCCCACUUAGUUCCCAUUGCCCGAAUUAUUCAUGCCGUGCUGGCUUGUUCAGGUGGAGCUGGAGUCGUCUGAGCCACCAAACAAAGUACCCAGUGGGGUGCACGAAUCCCCAUGCUCCAGGGCAUAAAUCCAGCUUGAGCCAUCGGGGGUCAGGAGGGUUCAAGCAGCCGGUGCUGGCCGGAGAUGGGAGCCUGUUCUGAUCCAGCUUCACAAUUGUGGGGCUGCGAAGUAACGGAGCGUGUGAAGCGACGGAAGCUCACUCCUCCGCAUUGUGUGUGGGGGGGUUGUGCUGCUCAACACCCCUCUCAUGGUUUGAUUUGGGGCGGGUGUUUGGGAGAUGGAGCCGUUUGAUCCAUCAGUCCGGUGCCCCAUCUCCCCUACAUCCUGAUGGCUCCGUUCUCCAAGAGCCCAGCGAGCCUGUGGCAGCUCAGCUGCCAACUCCAAGGGGUUGCGGGAGGUCCCCACUGAGGUUUUCCCCUUGUGAGAGGCCCACCCCCUUUAUGGUCCUUGUCCUGCCUAUCCCCCAGACCCCACAGUCACCCUCCAGCCCCGGGAGCAGCGAGGGGGCUCCCCACCGCGGGCAGACAGGUACCAUCCUUCCCCGGCGUGCACAGGCCUGGCCUCAGAUGCAGACAGCUGUCCCAGGGAGGAUUAGCCUCCCUCACGCUUGAUCCCCUCCUGGAGUGGAAAUUUCGCUUCCUUUGUUCAGUUCUUUUCCAAAUCUCCCAGUCAUGCCCGGCAGGCGGGGAAGCAUAGUACAGGGGCAUCACCAGAUCCCUAAGGGCCCGGGAGAACCCCUUUCUCCAGGAGGGCAGUGAAGUCUUGUGGAUAAAGCCCAGGACCUAGGAUGCCUGGGUCCUAUCCCAGCCCCCUUCCCCUUUGUCUGCCUCAGUUUCCCCUCACACCCUUUGUCUGUUUAGCCUUCGUUUGUGCCGUGCCUGGCACAACGGGGCCCUGCUCUGUGGCUGGGGCCUGUGAUGGGGUUCUUACCCUACACAGGUGGGGAAAGGGUGAAUGUGGGCCAAUUAAAACAUCUGGCUGCACCUGGAGGCUGAUCAGAGAUGACGUCCAGCUGGCUCCUGCCAGAGAGACAGGAAGUCCGGAGCAGAAGGGAAAAAUUCUGCAGUUCCUGCUCUUGGCAGUAAAGUGGGGAGCCUGGGGGGAAGAGGAAAGCUUCAGGGGGAUGAGGAGGAAGGUACAGGACUGGAGCAAGCUCCUGUGGGACCCGGGGGAGCAGGCCAGAGAGGGGAAGCAAUGGGGGACCAGGCCUGGAGAAAGGCCAGUGAUGGGAAGUGGUCUGAUGGAUCGGCCUUUGUCUGCUCACGUGAGGCUAGAGGUGGGCGUGAAGCUCCCGAUGCAAGGGGAUAAGGAUGACUUAAAGCCCGGAAGGGAAGGGUGUGAGGCCCCCAGGGCUGGGCGUUUGGGGCCAAAGAUCUGAUGUAAGGGCCCUGGAUUGUCUGUGAGACUUGCUGUUACCCCUGGAAGGAGUGGAACGAAAACGUGACCCGGCCGAGGCAUGAAGGACCAACCUGGGACCAAGCGACCAUCUGCGGGAGUGCGAGGGAGGAAAGAACAGCUAUGCCAUGCCCUGCCACACCUUUGAUGCAGAGAUUCCCAGAUGGUCCCAUGAUUCCAGGAACUGGGGCUUGGAGAAAAAAAAGCUCUCUCACUUACCCCAGCUGCCCCGGGGACAGUGCCUCAGCACCUCCCGGCACUGUUCAGUCUGGACCCUUUGGAAGGACAUUUGCUUGGGCAAAAAGCGAGCCUGGGCAGCUGAGCGGAUUGGAAUAACCUAGCGUCCCAGUCCUCCGGGGUGGGUGAGACGAGAAGGAGUCCCUUCGGGAUCGCCAGUUCCUGAGCAUGAUGUCCUAUAUGAAGCAGCCUCAUUAUGCAGUCAAUGGGUUAACCCUAGCAGGACCAGGCAUGGAUCUGCUCCACUCCGCUGUGGGAUACCCAACCACCCCACGGAAGCAGCGGCGUGAGCGGACGACCUUCACGCGGGCCCAGCUGGACAUUCUGGAGGCCCUCUUCGCUAAGACCCGCUACCCCGACAUCUUCAUGCGGGAGGAGGUAGCGCUCAAGAUCAACCUGCCAGAGUCCCGGGUGCAGGUUUGGUUCAAGAACCGACGGGCCAAGUGCCGCCAGCAGCACCAGAACAGUGGCCAGGCCAAGGUGCGCCCGGCCAAGAAGAAGAGCUCACCGGCCCGGGAGACCAGCUCGGAAACCAGCACCAACGGCCAGUACAGCCCCCCGCCUGCCGGCGCCUCGGGCACCCCCAGUUCCACGGCCAGUGCCACCGUCUCCAUCUGGAGCCCGGCCUCCAUCUCCCCCAUCCCCGACCCCCUGGCCUCCUCGGCCACCCCCUGCAUGCAGCGCUCCGCCACCUACCCGAUGACCUACACCCAGGCCACCGGCUACCCCCAGAGCUACACUGGCUCCUCCUCCUACUUCACCGGCCUGGACUGCGGCUCCUACCUCUCACCCAUGCACCCGCAGCUCUCCGCCCCCGGCGCUGCCCUGAGCCCCAUCGCCGCCCCGGCCAUGGGCAGCCACCUCAGCCAGUCCCCGGCCUCCCUGUCCAGCCAGGGCUACGGCACGGCCGGGCUCAGCUUCGGCUCGGUGGAUUGCUUAGACUACAAGGAUCAGACGGCCUCUUGGAAACUCAAUUUCAACACCGCGGACUGCUUGGAUUACAAAGAUCAGAGCUCCUGGAAGUUCCAGGUCUUGUGAAGUGGCAGGAGACAGCCAGGGAGACACCCCCUGUCCAUGCUUCCCCCCCCCCCGAAGGCCCAUCUCUCCCCUCCCCGCUGCUACCUCCUCAAACCACCUGGGCUCCGACCCACGUCCAUCGCUGGACUGAGAUUGCAACCAGCAUUGGGGAUCUGACUGAGGAGGGAUUCCCCCUUUCCCGGCAUCACGAGGGGUUUGCCCUUCCUUGGAAACUUGCCCUGAUUGGUUGUUCGGGGGCUGAGGACCCCACCCGGUAUGGCCACAUGGGCCCCUCGCGCCGGGCGGUGCCUCGGGUUUUUUUUCCGCCCGAGCCCCGGACAUGAAAUCUGUCGAGGAAUCUCAGCUGGGAUCCCACCCUGCUGAUUUCCUUGGGGCGGGGGCUGGCUGGUGUGGCAGCCCCCACAGUCUGUGCCACUCCCACCAAGUGGCACCUGGAUCUGUAGGGGUGGAGCUGGGAAGUGACACAGCUGGUUCUGGGUAGGAAGUAGCCCCCCACCCCUGGCAGGUUUCUCUCUAGCCCUGGCCUGAUCCUUCAAAGGAGGCGGGGGGUGGGGGGGUCUGAGCGAAGAAAGUGAAGGGUGGAGAGAAAUAGGGCGUGAGGUGGAGGAGUUAGGUCCAGGCAUGUGCUGCCAGGACUCCUGGGUUCUUUUUCCGGUGCUGGGAGGGGAGCGAGGUUUAGAGAAGUGGGGACCAGGAGUCAGUUCUCCUCAGCUUUAUUUCCAGCUCAGCCAAUGACUGGGUGUCAGAUGUGCCACCCCGUGCCUCGGUUUCCCCUUCUGUCGUGCCCUCCAUUUGCAUGGGGCCAUGGGAUCUGUGGAUGGACAGCUCUGUGCUUGCAAAGCUGAGGGCCAGGGCGAAGGGCGUGUGCCGAGGUCACAGCCCAGCGAGGACGGCUUAGGGAGCGUCAGGUUUGAACCGGCUCCAGGUUCAGCUGCCCACAGUCCAGUCGUCCGGAACUGAGGUCCCGUCUCCUCUGGGUGGAGACCUCACCGGCCACAUCCUGCCAGAGAGAGGGUCUGCCCUGCUUUCCCCGCGCUGCCCAGCUGGGACGCCAGCAGCUGAGCUCUGCCCAAGAAGUGGCUGCAUUUCAGCAGCGGGUUCAGGAUGGGAGCCUUUAACACUGGAAGCUGAGAAACAUUGCUGGAUCAAAGGAACAAUGCAGAGCACCAGUAAAAAUAUAUGGGGGGGGGGUGUGGAAAUGAGGCCCCCUGGCUGGGGGGGGCGGGAAUUGAGCAUUUAGAGAGCAUAUGUCUAGACCCCACUCCUCCCCCCCACAUGUAAAUCCUGAGUCUUCAGGCUCCCUCUGCUAUGUGGAGCCAGGAUCGGAGUGGCGUGGCCGUACCGGGGGCUCUCGGUAGAGGCGUCUGGACACAAACUCUCCCUGGGGUCCCCCUCCAGCACCCCAACCCGUGCCACAGAGCUGCUGGGCUGACGCACCCCGGAAUGGGUCCGUGGCCAGGCCACACCCCUGUCUCAAGCAAGCAACACAGGUUGUGAAGCGGAGCAAGGGACCCGGUCGCACUUAGCAAGUUGGAGGGGAGAGAUCAAUGCUGAGAGACCAGCGGCGCAAGCCAGGGUCAAGGCCUGCCUGGCUGUUUGCAGGGUGGUGUUUUAUUCUAGCCUCCAUUUCCCUCCCCCCCUGGAUAUUUUGGGUGCAAAACCAAUUAUUUGGGGAGGGGGGGUUAACUUGAAAGUGACAACAAAUGCUUGUGCUUUGAGGGCUCCCCUGCCUCGCGCUCCACCGUGAGACUGACCGGUGUAUGGCCUGGGCCAAACGCUCAGCCAACUGCCCCGGCUCUUCCGGGCUUCAGCCUGGGGGGCGUUUUUCUGUUUAUUGUUCAUCUGUUCAACCCCCAAAAUCUCCCGGAAUGCGUUGAUUUCGAAUGCUGCAGCCUCGGUACCACCUGUGGCAAGUGACCAGGCCUUCGGGCUCUUUGCAGGGCUGGAAAAAUCGCUUUCCCAUGGGAGUUAGGUGCUGAAAUACCUUGGGGGGGGUCUCAGGCAAAGUCCAGGCACAAAGCACAACUUCCCACACAAUGGGGGCCCCGAUCCUGGAAGCCGUUCGCACAGGCCCCGUGGGCUUGUCAGCUUGGGGCCAGAAAGGGGUGUAGUCAAACUGGGUUUGGCUCCUGCUGCUCUCGGACCCUGGUGGCAAAACUCUCUGGGAUGGGGACAGGAUUGGGUCCUCUGGCUUGUGCAGGGAGGAGAGCUGAGAUGGUGACUAGCCAGGAGGUGGGGAAACUCGGCAUGGAUCCCCGCUGUCGAACGUCCAGCUGCUUCUCUGAAUCAUCCUGGUUUCCAGCCAAGUUGUGGGGCAGGGGUCAGAGCCCAGCAGCGCAGAAUGGAAUUGCAGGGUGGACCAGCUGAGAACCUGACCCCGUUGCAUUCACAUGGAGCUUCCCCCUGCCCCCCACCUUUGGCUGUGUUUAAAAGUGUGUUGGGGGAGAAAGGAGAAUUGGUGACGCUUUGAGGCCCAAUUUCCCCAUUGCCUUGCACACUCAUUUACACUAGUGCAGAAGAGGCAUGAAACCGGAUCGGAAGAAUUCUCGUCCACACCUGUUCCGAACUAGUGGGUGCAAGACUAUGGAGAACCCAGAUGUUUCUUUUCUAACCAGACCCCUUUGACUGUUCCCCUUUUCCAAAGCUGGCUGUGUAGAAACUCCCCCAAAGAUGUAGCGGAUUUGGGUUCAGCUCUGUCUCUGUCUGAGGCAGCCCCACACAGAUUCAGCUGGUUCCGGCUCCUAGAGCUCUGAACUGGAGUGGCCAUUUGCUCUGGGGACAGUUCUAACAUCAGAAGCCACCUCACCUUGCACAUCUGCUGCCCCAGAUUAAUUCUCCUGGCCAGGGGUUUGCAUUGAAACCAGCCACUUUACAGCUCACUGUGGGGCCCAAACGUCUCCAUGCAAUCAUUUUCACCCGUGCAAAACACUCCGGCUCUGGUAGCACUUUGCAGCGGGGAAUUGGACUAGACAAGAGCUGGGGCACUGUGGAACUGCACGGCCGCAUUUAGAAUUUUUGCAUGUAAAUAAACCCCAACGGGUUGUGAGUUUUGUUUUGGGCAAUUCUGUAGUUCUUUGUUUUGUUUUCCCGCGAGCCGCCACAAGGAGCCCCAUUUCCACCUUCACUGACAAAGGCUGUUUUAAUUUAUUUUUUGGCUGAAUACCUCAUUUCUGCUGCUCUUCCCUUUGCAAAGGAGCAACGAACUGCCUAGCUGCUAACGUUGCCACAUCCCUCGGCAUUAGGAGGUCAUGUCUCCACCGCCUAUGACUAGCUGGUUUUAUUUUCACGCCUCUAUCUGUGGAAAUUUUUUCUUUUUUGCUUUUUUCUAGCCGUAGGUUUGCUCCAGGCGUUUUGUUUUUAAAGAAACGGGGGCAAAAAACAUUAAAAAGAAAAGAAAAGCAAGCUGAGACAAUAAAUAUCUGCAAAGAAUUUGAUUGUUUUUUGUGUGCACUAAAGUACUGGCUUAAAAACAAAAAGGCUAUUUUGUAACUUGAUGUAGAGGGGGGCUUUUUAGACUAGUUUUGUUAGGUGUCAAACUCCAGUGUCUGUAGGAGAAACAGAAUUUCAAUGCGAACUAUUUUUGAGGACUUGAUAUUUAUUCUUGUUUUAGCGAGAGGCCAGUUCCUGUACCAGCCCCCAGUUUUUGGUGGUUUAAAGAUUUAAAAAAUA